AUGUUUGAAGAUAAAGUUUCACUUCUACGUUAUGCUUUGCAAAGGGCUUUUCAGGCAGCACCUAACCGGCUUAUGACUAAAAAUACCUACCUGGCUUUAUUGGGCGCCUCGUUAAAUGCAUCCACAAUAGAUGAGGGACUAAACUUAUAUGACUCACAACAUCGCUUUGAGCACUCACAACUUCUGUUGGUUCUUUUGAGUUCACUUCCACAUGCGCCAAAGACUUUUCAGUGUCGCGUAUUACAGGAUCUUCUGAUUUUGGCUUGCAGUCAUGUUGUUUUCCAUUUAUACCCUUGUCCCUGGGGAGCAUCCAUCGAAUCCAUUCAUGACUCUCUUGCUGAGGCAUUGGUUAAUUUGACAGAGGAGUGUGAAAAAUUAUGGUCAAAAGUGUAUGUUGUCUGGCCUAAAAGCAGAACUAGAAGCAUUAAGACGAAGGCACUCUGAUGUACUGUAGUUGAUGGGUGAAAGAGAUGAGAGGUAAAAUUACCUUUUCAAUGUUUUGAUGUUUUUGAUGGAAAAAAAUAGUGUUAAUGCUCUUCAUAGAAAAGUAUGUUGGUAUUUUAGGAAAUUUGGCUAAUAAUUUAGUUAAUUAUAUAAAAAAUGUUGAAAUGCUACAUUUUUCUACUAUUGGAAUGAUUAUUUGUAUUACAUUAACUUUUGUGCAAUGUAUUGUAUUUUUUGUAUAUGAUAUUUUAUUCU